UUGUUCACCUUUGCUAACUAUAAGCUUCAAAUGCACCACAUCUUGCUGUUUCGGAUGUUUUGGAGCGCGGGUCCAGGCUUAAAGCACAGCGGAUCUUCACCGAUUCAGCAAGACAUCUCUACUGACUAAACACCAAGCAGAAUGAAAAGAAGAAUAAUCCGACACAAAGAGGCCAGUGGCUCGUCCUGUGAGGAGCGGAUGGAGGCUUGUAAGAAAGCUAGACGUCCCAGUGAGGACUGUGGAGAUGUGGCGUCGUCCUGGGCAUGGCUACCACAGGAGAUCCUGCUGCGUGUCUUUCAGUACUUGCCCUUGCUGGAUCGAGCUUUUGCCUCUCAAGUUUGCCGUGGUUGGAAUGAAGCAUUUCACAUGCCUGAGCUCUGGAGAUGUUUCGAGUUUGAGCUCAACCAACCUGCAAGCUCUUACCUUAAGGCCACUCAUCCUGAUCUCAUCAAGCAGAUCAUCAAGAAGCACUCUAAUCAUUUACAGUAUGUCAGUUUUAAGGUGGACAGCAGUACGGAAUCAGCAGAGGCAGCCUGCAACAUCCUGUCUCAGCUUGUAAACUGCUCAAUAAAGACCCUUGGCCUCAUUUCCACAGCACGUCCAAGUUUUAUGGAGCUAACAAAGUCCCACUUUAUCUCUGCACUGACUGUGGUGUUUGUCAACUCCAAGUCUCUGUCAUCACUCAAGAUUGAUGACACGCCUGUUGAUGACCCAUCACUCAAGGUCUUGGUGGCCAACAACAGUGACACCCUCAAACUGCUAAAGAUGAGCAGCUGCCCCCAUGUCUCCCCUGCUGGAAUCCUUUGUGUCGCAGAUCAGUGCCAUGGCUUGAGGGAGCUGGCACUGAAUUACCACUUGCUGAGUGACGAGCUCCUCCUUGCGCUCUCCUCGGAGAAGCAUGUGCAUCUGGAGCACCUACGCAUCGAUGUUGUGAGUGAGAACCCAGGUCAGCAGUUUCAUACCAUCAAAAAAAGCAGCUGGGAUGCCAUGGUGCGCCACUCACCCAAGUUCAACCUGGUCAUGUACUUCUUCCUGUAUGAAGACGAGUUUGAGCCUUUCUUCCAGGAAGAGAUUCCCGUCACACACCUCUACUUCGGCCGUUCGGUCAGUAAGGAAGUUCUCGGACGCGUUGGCAUGAACUGCCCUCGGCUCGUGGAGCUGGUGGUGUGUGCUAAUGGCUUGCGCCCCCUGGACGAGGAGCUGAUUCGCAUCGCUGAGCGCUGUACACAGCUGUCGGCCAUCGGCUUAGGCGAGUGUGAGGUGUCCUGCAGCGCCUUUGUGGAGUUCGUUAGGAUGUGUGGGAGACGCCUCACACAGCUCUCCAUCAUGGAGGAGGUGCUCAUCCCUGACCAUAAGUACAGCCUGGAUGAGAUUCACUGGGAGGUUUCAAGACAUCUCGGCCGUGUCUGGUUCCCAGACAUGAUGCCUACCUGGUAAGGUAUUUGAGCAUCAGAUUAUUUGAUUCAUUACCAGCAUGACAAGCUUAUUACUUUAAGCUAUAAAGCAGUUCUAAACUCUUCAGUGUAUUCCAGAUGUUUCCUUGGUGUUUGAGAUAUUGUAGUAUUAAACAUGGCAGGAUUUAUCAGUGGUAUUUUGGUUUUACUAAUAAAAGUGUUUAAUCAAGAGUUUAAGGAGGGAAAGAUCUUCACUGGUGUAAACACUUUAUUAAAAUAGUAAGGCUUUUUUCCUGUAUACUUAAUACUAUGUGUAUAUGCUGACAAUCAUGAGAGAAAAAGCUUUUUAUCAUUACUGAAACUACAGCUAUAUUAUUACAGUUGUACAAUGCUGUGUAGUUUAUUUAUGUAACUAUGUAUUUCACAUUAAUAUUUUGUCAAAAAGCUAGAUGCAGAAUUUUGCGUUUGCAUCUUAAUCAAAUUUACUCUAAUUUAUAUAAACAAUGGAAACUGGGAAUAUGUAAAAUUAUAGAAAUUCUGUUGGCAACAAAUGUGGAUUCAUGAGGCAAAAACACUUUAUUAUAAAGGUAGUUAGUAGUAGGUGCUUCUUUCUAGUAGAAGUGGGCGAUAUGACACAAAAAAAUCAUGUAACAGUCCUCUAAGGCAUUUCUAUAACACAUUUUUUCAGAAGAAACUUCAAGCAAAACAGUGUUGCAUUUAAUUUGAUUAUACCUAAACUUUAUUUAAUGUCUAUAUAUAUAUAUAUAUAUAUAUAUAUAUAUAUAUAUAUAUAUUUAAAAUAACAUUUUCUUUAUAAAAAAUUCUAAAUACUGAAGGAGGGGAAAAAAUAAAUCUUAAAAAGUAAUUUUAACAAAAACAUAAUGCUAUUGUGAUCUCUGAUAUCACGCAUUGUGAUAUAUAUAAAAAAAGAGCAUUAUGACGUCACAAUCUUAAGACUAUAUCGUCAUAUCGCCUGUACGUUAAUUUCUAGUGUGUCCUAUUGAGUGACUAUUACUUGUAUCUUAUGUUUCCAACUAUAUGUUUUAAGAGGUGACGUAUUAAAAACCUGUUGCUUGCUAUUGUAAGUGGCCGGAAAUCAGUUUUGUUCCUUGUAUACAGACUGAGAGAAAUGUGGCAGUUAAUUAAAACAAGUCUGGAAUUUUCACAAUAUUUCUAACUAAUUUUUGAUCUGCAGUUAUGUUGUAAAAUUCUUUUUUUUUCAACCAGAUGUACAUUCUGGGAUUUUAUGUGUUCACUUGUACUAUAUGUCACUAAGGUAUUUAGUCAUACCUUGGAUCUUGAGUUAAUAUUAGGAUGGUUAGUUUAUUUGUGUAUAUUUUAAAGAUGUGCUGAAGGCAAUGUGAGAGGCUGCUUUCUUGGCAUGAGCAGCCUGUCAAUGAUGUCUUAUAAACUACUGUCCUGCUUUUUUUUUUUUUUUUAAAAUAAUCAAAUGUAAACAGGUUUAUAUUGGGUAACAUCAGGACCUUUGAUUGUGAUGACAUUCAUUUGUUUUGAUGAUUUAAAGCACUUUAGACACAUAGACCAAAUUAACUACAGUAAUGUAAGUGCAAGCACAGGAGAAGCUGUAGAUGAGCAAUUAUGGUUUGCACUUAAAAAUCUGUUCAACAAAUUAGCAUUAGACAAGAUUUUAUAGAUUCCUUUAGAAAUGUUAGCGGUGGCUUUGCAAAACAGUUCAUCUAGAUAAAUAUUUCAGAACUAAAUAUAGUCCUAUAGGCUCUUUGGCCUAAUUUUGUUGCUUCAUAUUAGGGAAGCCCAACAUUAUUCUGACCCUAAUUGCUGUUGUAUUUAAAUAUUGUUCAAAAUACUGUUGGUACUUAUGUUUCCUAUACACUUAUUCUGGGGUUUAGGUGUCACUAAUGAUAUAGAUAUAAAUUUAUAUAUAUUUACACGCACACACACACUGAUCAGCAAUAAAAUUCUAUCCCACUGGACCAACACUAACCACUGCAUACCAGGAACAAUCUACAAGACCUGCUGUUUUGGACAUGUUCUGACCAGGUCAUCUAGCCAUCACAAUUUGGCCCCGGUCAAAGUCACUCAGAUUUUGACGCUUGCCCAGUUUCCUGCCUCCAGUGCAUCAACUUUAACUGGCUAAUGUAUCUUGACAGAUGCCACAGUAAUCAGUGUUAUUCACGUCACCUGUCAGUGGUUAUAAUGUUAUGGCUGAUCAGUGUAUAUAAUAAUUAUUUGUCUAAAACCGUUCAAAAACAAGGCUUUGUUGUCUUUGGGGAUAAACUUUUUUUUGUGCUUAGUCAACAUCUAUUUUGCAUUGUUUAAAUAAACUAUAUAAAAUGG